CACUACGGGACCCUCCUGGGCAGCAGAGCUUGUGUCCACAUGGCAGCAGCUGCUUGGGGCAGUGGCUUUCUCAACUCUCUUCUGCACACUGCCAGUAUAUUGUCACUCCCACUCUGCCAUGGCAGUGCCAUGGAGCAGUUCUUCUGUGAAAUCCCCCAGAUCCUCAAGCUCUCCUGCUCAGAUGCCUACCUCAGGGAGGCUGGGCUUAUUGUGGUCAGUUUGUGUUUAGCACAUGGGUGUUUUGUUUUCAUUGUGGUGUCCUAUGUGCAGAUCUUCAGGGCUGUGCUGAGGAUCCCCUCUCAGCAUGGAUGGCACAAAACCUUUUCCACAUGCCUCCCUCACCUGGCCAUGGUCUCCCUCUUUAUCAGCACUGCAGUGUUUGCCUACCUGAAGCCUUCCUCCAUCUCCUCCACAUCCUUGGAUCACUUGUUGGCUGUUCUGUACUCGGUGGUGCCUCCAGCAGUGACCCACCAGAUCCCUGGUGCCUCUGACAAGACAAGAGCAUGA